AUGACAUCCCGAAACCAAACAGACCAACCGCCUAUUGGAGAGCAGGUAUGGUCUCCACCACAAAAGGAUGAGCCCCCGACGCAGCAUAAGCUAGAUCACGACGCUCUUAGUACCUGGGUCUACCCAACGAACCUUGGGAAAACGAGAGACUAUCAAUUCAAUAUCGCUCAAAAAGGGUUAUUUCACAACCUGCUUGUAGCACUCCCCACGGGUCUAGGAAAGACUUUUAUCGCUGCGACAAUUAUGCUCAACUGGUUUCGAUGGACCGAAAGUGCCCAAAUUAUUUUCGUAGCACCCACAAAACCUCUUGUGGCUCAGCAAAUCUCCGCCUGUUUUGGUAUAGCAGGAAUUCCACGGUCCCAGACAACCAUGCUCACCGGCGAGGCUGCACCGGGUAUUCGAGCAGAAGAAUGGCAAAAUAAGCGGGUGUUUUUUAUGACCCCACAAACCCUGAUCAAUGAUCUCAAGUCCGGCAUAGCAGACCCAAAACGGAUUGUCCUGCUUGUUGUUGAUGAAGCACAUCGCGCUACAGGUGGCUAUGCGUACGUGGAAGUUGUGAAGUUCCUUCGCCGAUAUAACCAGAGCUUCCGUGUCCUGGCUCUGACGGCGACUCCAGGCUCCACGGUGGAGUCUGUUCAGGCCGUCAUCGAUGGACUUGAUAUUGCCAGGGUCGAAAUACGCACGGAACAAUCUCUCGAUAUCCGGGAGUACGUUCAUUCGAGGAACACCGAAGUCCAGACGUUCAAGAACUCUGAGGAGAUGGUACUCUGUAUGGACCUUCUAUCUAAAACGUUACAACCGCUUGUCGACCAGCUCCGCACCCUCAACGCGUAUUGGGGAAGAGACCCAAUGAUGCUCACUGCAUUUGGGCUCACUAAGUCUAGACAACAGUGGAUGGCUUCGGAUGCCGGUCGAAACGCACACUUUGGACUCAAGGGCAAGGUCAACGCAAUAUUCACCGUUCUCGCCAGCUUGGCACAUGCUAUCGAUCUUCUCAAGUAUCACGGAAUUACGCCCUUCUAUCGUCACCUCUUGCACUUCCAGUCCAACACAGAGGGCCAGAAAGGUGGCAAAUACCAACGACAAGUUGUUCAGGAUGAGAGCUUUAAAAAGCUUAUAAAUCAUCUUCAGCCGUGGACCAAGAAUCCGGAGUUUAUCGGGCAUCCAAAGUUGGAAUAUCUGAAAUCGGUUGUUCUGAAUCAUUUUAUGGAUGCUGGUGAAGGGUCCAAUGGAGAAGCAAGUGACAGCCAGUCAUCCACGAGAAUUAUGAUUUUUGUACACUUCCGGGACAGUGCCGAAGAAGUGACGAGGGUGCUGAAAAGAUAUGAGCCCAUGAUCCGGCCUCACGUUUUCGUUGGGCAAUCCAGCGCGAAGGGGUCUGAGGGCAUGGGCCAAAAGACCCAACUUGAUAUAGUGCAAAAGUUCAAAAAGGGCACGUACAAUACAAUUGUCGCAACCUCCAUUGGCGAGGAAGGUUUAGAUAUCGGAGAAGUCGACCUCAUCGUAUGUUAUGACUCUUCUGCAUCGCCUAUUCGGAUGCUUCAGCGGAUGGGACGUACGGGACGAAAGAGAGCUGGAAACAUCGUCCUCCUCCUUAUGGAGGGCAAGGAGGAAGAGUCGUACAUCAAAGCCAAGGACAACUAUGAGAAGAUGCAACAAAUGAUUGCUAGUGGAUCCCGCUUUACCUUUCACGAUGAUAUCUCCCCCCGUAUUCUGCCUGCGGGGAUACGGCCGGUAGCGGAUAAGCGCCAUAUUGAUAUCCCAGACGAAAAUGCGGAACAGAGCUUACCAGAGCCAAAAAGACGAGGACGAGCUCCUAAAAGGCCACCGAAGAAGUUCCACAUGCCUGACAAUGUCGAAACCGGCUUCACUAAGGCUUCAUCCCUAACAGCGGGACCCAAAUCAAAAGCUGAGAAGAGUAGGAAGCCUCGGACGCCGACCCCGGAGCCGGUGGAGAUACCGGCUCUUGAAGAAGUUGUACUGACCUCGGCACAGCAAAGAGAGCUGGAGCAACACUAUCGCAAUAUUGGGGCCGCUAGCCCACAAUUCAUCCGCAACCCUCGCAAUGAUGCAUUUCCUCGCCUCCAGCUCGUCGCAAGACCUACCAAGGUCGUGAAACACGGAUCUUUGACACGUCGUAUGAUUGGAACAUUGCAAAAGAUGAAUAACGUUGGUCCGGAUUGUGGAGACCGCUUUAAGAAGAUUCUUGCCCUGGAAUCAGCUAGGCAGGGCGACUCGGUGAUCCCUAAUCGGUCGCCUCGUCAUGAGCGUCGUAGAAGACUAUCAAAAACUAAACCCCGUUAUAACCAUUUAUCCACAUCGGUAGAUAAGGAGACAUUGUCUACUGAGGACUCUCAACUGGUGACCCCGGAACAUCUAUUGUCUUCUGUUGUGAAGGGCCAGAAACAGCAGCCGUUUUAUUCGUCCCAAAGGAGCAAGGAUGAUGACUCGGACGAUAACUUCGAUCCCCCUGACCUCGCUACCCUUCUUACUCGAAGCGCUGAGCGCAAUAAUGCACAUAAAACAAGUCGAUUCGUUGUCAGUGAUGACAGCGACGACUAA